GCCACUGCUGUGUUCACUUGGAAGAAAAAAAAAAAUAAAAAAAAAGUCCGACGGGGCCGGAAUGAAGCGAACGGCGGAGGAUUGUGUUUAAUUUAUUUCAUUUAAAUUUCAUUUUCCUUCAGUGUCACUUUUGUUAAUUUAAAUGAAAUUGAAGUCAGUUCGAAAAUUUUAACAAGUCGCGAAGUAAUAUUCUGUCACAAGCAAACUAACAUCGCAGAUGGAGCUGCAAGCAUGGUUGAUGCUAUGUGGAGUCGGGGUGGCAGGUGUAGCAGCCGUGUUGCUGCUGAUGGGCUUGUUUUCUGCCUCGGGAACUAGUUAUGAGGAAGCUAUAGCGCAGCAACGUAAAGCUACCACUGAGCUACUCUCCCUGGCAGAGAACAAAAACAAAGCCAAAAAGAAAGAUAAAAAGGAGAAAAAAGAAAAGAAGUUGGCCAAGAAAGAGAAGUCCAAGGAAAAUGCUACGGUGGCUACUAGUAGUGAUCCAGAAAGUGAGGCACCAGCUGAGAGUGGCAUGGAAGAUGACUCUGUGCCCUCAGAAAAACCUCAUGUGGAAUUCCGCCCACCUGUUGUUGUUGACAUCGCUAGAGACACCCCUCCAGCUGUUAAGAUUCGCAAACGCGGUAAAGAUCCUAAAGUUAAGCCGAUACUGUUAAACAAAGAGGAUCCAAGCUGCGUUAGCGAUCCUGGCUCGCUGCCCCCAACAGUCCCUGCCUCCAAUAAUUUUGAGGAGAUGCAUCCCAAGGACGAGUUUGAAUUGUUGCAAUCUUCAUUGGCAACUGAAAAAGUUGCCGAAAAGAAAGAAGAAGUAGUUGAGAAAAAAGACAGCAAGGCAAGCAAAGCAGCAAAGAACACCAAGGCAGCUGUCAAAACCGCUUCAGUCGAAGAGGCCGCUAAAGUGGAGCCGGCGGCUGAGCGGCAGGCCAGUGCCGAGGUGGCGAAAGAACAGCGUAAAGCCAAGAAAGUGGAAAAGAAGCAAUCUGAUGAGACGUCCGAGAGCGGAAAGGAGGAGUCCGUUCCUCCGCUCAACGUGCCGCAGCCUAGCGAGCUCACCACGGAGAAGCUGCUGAAGCAAGCCAUGGCCCCCGCCACCGCGCCCGCUCCCUCUCCCCCGCCCACCAAGAACAAGAAGAAGAAGCCCGAGCCGAACGUGCUAACGCUUAUGGCGGCGGGCGACGGCGGCGGCGUGAACGUGGGCGAACUAGUGCGCGUGAUCCGCGAGGCAGCCCUGUCCCGCACCGAGAUCCAGAUCCUGACCGACGCGCUGCUCAACAAGCACCACGACCCGCUGCCCGAGCACUCCGAGUGGACUGAAGGACCCAAUGAUCCCAUGCAGAAGCUGAAGAAACAGCUCGCCGACAAAGAAAAGGCUCUAGCUGACGAAAUUGAAGCGAGUCAAGCUCUCCAUGCUAAACUCAAGGAGCUACGGGCUAACCUGAACGCGGAGCGGGGUCGCGCGGCGGCGGCCACGCGCGCCAGCGAGCAGGCGGCGGCGGCGCUGCGCGCGGAGCAGCACACGCUGCAGACGCGGCUGCAGCGCCUGCUCGACGACAACCAUAUGCUGGCGCAGGACAAGCUGCACCUCCAAUCCAAACUCGGCGCUGAGGGAGAGGCUCAGGCUCAAAGAGUUCAAAUGGAAAUGCACAUCCAACGAUUGACCGAGGCUGAAAACGGUCUUGUCCAGCAACUGGCAGCGCUGCAAGCGGAGCUAAACGCGCGUAUCGUGGAGGCGGGUCAAGCGCGCAUGGACGCGGGCGCCGCGCGCGACGCCAUGCUCAUGGCGCAGCAGCACGCCAAUGAGCUCGCGCAGCAGCUGCAGGAGGCGAAUCGCGCGUAUUCUGAACUUGAGCAGCAGCGGCAGUGCGCGGCGCACGCCGAGCAGCUGGCGCAGCAGGAGCUGCAGCGCACGCAGGAGCGGCUCGCAGCUACGUCUGAACUUCAAAGCGAAGUUCAACGGUUAACGAGCCGUGCGCAAACUGCGGAGAGCAGCCUCGAGAAACUGAAGGAAGAAACCGAAAAACAAAAGCAACAGCUGUCGUCAGAGUUGGCUUCGCUGCGGGAACAAAUCGCGGCGCGCGAGGCCGAGCUCGCGGAGCUCAAGCAGCUCAAGCCGGCGCAGAACGGCCUGCCCAACAAUGACCAGCACAAGGCUGCCGAGCUGGCGAAGGUGGAGAGCGUAGUGGAGACGCUCCGCAACGAGCUGGCCGGAGCCCAGGCCGCCAGCCGCGAGCAGCGCGACGAGCUGGCGCGCCUCUCCGACCAGCUGGCCGCCUACCAGCACAAGAACAACGAGUUGCGAACUAAAAACUGGAAAGUAAUGGAAGCGUUACAGUCCGCCGAAAAGGCUCUCCAGACGAAAUCGUCGAGUGCGUUGCCGGCCCAAGACGCGCUGCGAGAGGCGAUAGAAAAGGCCCAAGAGGCUCAGUACAACGAAGUGGCAAGCGUGCUGCGAGCGGCGUGCCCGAGCGCGGCGCCUUCCACCACUGCCGGUCGCGAAUGGCUUCAGGCCUUCGCCGACAACCUCAAGAAGGAACUCGCCAAGAAGGAAGCCGAAAAGAAAGAACUAGAAAAGAAGAUGGAAUCCUCGCGAGCGGCGCAGGCCUCCGACGACCGCCUCGCCGACAUGCAGGCGCAGAACGAACACUUACAGGGUCUCGUUGACAAGUACAAGAGGAUUAUUGAUGACACGGAGGGCGUGCUGAGCCGCCUUCAGCAACACGUGGGGCUGGAGGAGGCGCGCUGGGCGCAGCAGCUGGCCGACAAGCAGCGCGAGCUCGACGACUUGCGCGCGCGCACCGUGCUGCAGGAACCUCUGGCGUUCGCAUACACCUGCAUUGAAAAAACUUUGCCUACCAUCAUAGCCGAGAUGCAGAACAAAAUUGACUCUUUAACUGCGGAGCUGCAGAAAGCGCAAGCCUCCGGCCACAACAACAGCUUUGCCGACGCAGAGAGACUCACACAGGAAAGGCUGAUGGCUGGUCAGUCUGAUAAAUUAAAUGUAGACGUAUACAAUGGACCAUUACAGGUUGGAUUAGACUCUAAAUAACACUUAGAAAAGACAGGAUUUCGCAAUACACUAACGCAGUGUCAUUCCUACUUAGGCAUAGCGCGCACGCACAGCUAGCGACCGCGGUCGCUCGCCAUAUCAUCGAACUUUACCGUUUAUUGGUGGACAUUGUAAUACUGUGAUGUUCAAGCAAAAACAAUAGCAAUGGAAGUACCGUAAUUUUACUGUUUUGAACCGAUUGCACGACAUCGAAUAAAAAUAUUGGCAACUCAUGUACGAAUGUAUUCAUUUGUGCUCUCGGUUCAAUACUCGUUUUUAUUUAAUAUAAUAGGGUUUAAAGUAUGAAAUUGCCGAUUUUUCUUCAAUAUAAUAGCUAUGUAGCCAUUUUUCUUUUUUAUUAUUAACUUAAUUUCAUUUUCACUAGAAAUAAAUCUUCAAAAACAGCUCGUCCUAAGUGGUGUCUGUUUCCUUUUUA